AAAAGAAAACACACAAACCUUAUCCACAGCUCCCAGCUUCUGUCCUCACUGAAGGUAAUAACGAAAGGAAUAACAAUUAAUGUGCCUGUAACGCCUUUGGAGGCCCCAUGCAAAUGCAUUUUGUGUUCGUCACAGGGACCAAAGUUCACACUGUGGGCACCUUUGCUUCCUGUGAGCAGAAAAAGAGAUUGAUUUGGGCUUUUAAGGAGAGCUGCUGGAAUUCAGAAGCCACUCUUCCUCCUCCUCCAGAAGAAGAGAUGAUUUCCAGGAAAGUGCUGGUGGGAUCUUUUCUCUGCCUGGGUGCUGUUGCUGCAGUUGUCUGGGCUAUAGCUGGGAGGGGAAAAGUGCACUACCUGCCCUACUACCUUCCUUGCCCUGAAAUCUUCUCCAUGAAACUCCAAUAUACAGAAGAGAAGCUAAUCCAGCUCUUCCCCCAAUUAUUUUAUCAGCAGCCAAGAGUGCUGGCGCCAAAGCGCCAGGAUGUGCUGACAGUCACACCUUGGCUGGCCCCCAUCGUCUGGGAAGGGACCUUUGAUCCUGAGAUCCUGGACAGUGCCUACAGACCCCUGAACCUCACCAUAGGGGUGACAGCCUUUGCUCUUGGAAAGUACACGCGGUUCGUGCGGCGCUUCCUGGCCUCGGCAGAGCAGCAUUUCCUGAGAGGUUACCGGGUGAAUUAUUACAUCUUCACAGACACCCCCAGCGCCGUGCCCCGCGCCCCGCUGCGCCCCGGCCGCACGCUGGUCACCGUCCCCAUCCAGAAAUUCUCCAGCUGGCAGGAGAUCUCCAUGCGCAGGAUGGAGGCCAUCAGCCGGCACGUGGCCGAGGUGAGCCACCGCCAGGUGCAGUACCUCUUCUGCCUGGACAUCGACAUGGUGUUCCACGGCCCCUGGGGCCCCGAGACCCUGGGGGACACGGUGGCAGCCAUCCACCCCGGCUACUUCAAUGUCCCACGGGAGCAGUUCCCUUACGAGAGGAGGAGCUCCUCAGCUGCCUUCAUCCCCCAGGGGGAAGGGGAUUUCUACUACGGAGGAGCCGUGUUUGGAGGCUCGGUGGAGAAAGUCUACGAGUUCACCAGGACGUGCCACAUGACCAUCCUGGCAGACAAAGCCAACGGGAUCAUGGCAGCCUGGCAGGAGGAGAGUCACCUCAACAGGCACUUCUUGAACCACAAACCCUCCAAGCUGCUGUCCCCGGAGUAUAUAUGGGAUGACAGGAAGCCAAAGCCCCCCGAAAUCCGCCUCAUACGUUUUUCCACGGUGGAUAAGAACUACAAAGAGGUCCGAGAUUGACCACCUGAUCCUCCACGCAACCAAACCCACCAAAAUUUGCUCCUGCAGAAUGUGCCCCACUGUGAAUUUUUGUCCCUGGUAGGAACAAAAUUCCAGACUGGGAAAGGAAUGUGCCCCACCAUUAAUUUUUGUCCCUGGUAGGAACAAAAUUCCAGACUGGGAAAGGAAUGUGUGGAUAUUUCCUCUGGAGAGCAGAGCCUAAAUGCAUUUCAGAAGCAGCAGUCAAAGUGUGGGUGAGACUGAAAAGGUUUCUGGAUUCUCACUCUUUGUAAAUACGUCCUGCUUGAGGCUGUGGCACACAAAAAAGCAUCCAAAAAGCCAGUUAUCCAAUGCAUGGCUGGAGUUCCCUUUGCCUGAAUGUUUUCCUGAGGCCUGGUGGAAACUUAACAAGAUCAAAAUGGUAUUUGACAUUCCUGUGGAGAAGAAGACCUUGGGUUUUGGUAAAGACCUUUUCAUUUUAAAAAAAGAGAACUGUGCAGGGCAAUAAAUUUUCCUGCAUUGUGAUUUGAACUAACACCUUUUGUCAGAAUCAGGAGGAAACUUGCACUCAGAGCACGUUAUCCCCGACUGGUGUGCAGCAGGAUUUCUUGGACCUUCUCAGCAGAGAGCUGGUGCCAGGCAUUGCCAGUAAGAGCCCUGGCCUGACAGGACAAACAGCGUGAACUCAUCUAGCAGUUAUCUCCCAAAUUCCAGUCUGUGCUUUGGAGACCCAAGUUUAGACAGAACUGGCACAGCUCAGAGCAGACUGAACUUCUUCGGGUUUAUUUCAAUCACAGAUGUGCUCUGAACCUUUUCCCUGGGUCACAUGUCUCUGUGGAUCGUGUAAUCUUUUCCAACACAGAAAAUCUGGGUUUGAGAUGUUCGUGUUCCUCUCCAUUGCUUCAGCCCUUUCCAAUUUUUCUAAGCUCUGUGAAAUAAAUUGGCGAGAAGCUGCUGGAGCUGACAGCACGAGCUGACGCCUUUCCAGCAACGAGGGUGAUUUCAUUCCGUAAUGAAAUGCUCUGCUGAAGCUGGGGGGUUCAGUGUGGAGCUGGAAGCAGGCUGGGGUUAACAUUUUCUCUCCUUGGAUGUGCUGAGGAGCUGGACCAGGGCGUUUAGAGCCUGACAACUCCCUCGGGUGAGCACGGGGGAGCAGCCACGGCUGCGGCUGGCAGCUGAGGUCACAGCACGGCAGCGCCAGUGCCACCUCCCCUGUCACACGUAAACAUCAUCUCCACCAAAGGGCUGAGCACAGCAGGCCCUGCUCCCUCCAAGGAAGCAGGAGAGAGGCCACGGGAGCUGCAGGAACGGCAGCACCAGCGGGGAGCAGGAGCAGGGUGAAAGGGUGAGCGCGCUGUUUCUAAGGGAACAGUUUAGGGGGGAAAAAAAAAAGGAAAAAGAAAGAAAAGGGAAAAACAAAAAAAAAAAAGCUUAUUUGGCAGAGAGAGGGAAAAUAGGGAAGAGGUGGCUGACUGUUCCUGCUUCUCCUCACAUGAGAAAAUUGCUGUAUGGCAGCGAAUCAAGUAUUCAAAGCUUUAGGGCCCCACCACUGAUUGCAGAUGACUUAACGAGCCAUUUCAGUCCUGUGAGCAGGCUGGAAAUGGCACUUGCCACUGUCAUUGCAGGCAUUUCAUCUUCCAGAAGACUAAUUAGAAAAGCUUUCACGGACCCAUAAUAUAGAUAAGGCACCUGAAAUACCUCCAGCCCCAAAGCCCCAGUGGCAGCUGGGUUGGCUGAUUCGUGCUUAAUCCAGCAAAGGGUCUUUAUUACAUUUCCUCCAGACUGCUCUUAGUGAUGUGGUGCAGAAGGAAGAUGCCCCUUUACAUAACUAAACCAGAAGUGAAGCCCCUGCCAUGUAUGUUGGGUAACCAGGCACUUCAUCUAAGCCAAAAUGGUGAGGAAAAAUACUUAUCCAAAUAUUUCCAUUCCAGAAAG